AUGAAAGUCGCCGUCGUUGGCUCUGGAUGCGCCGGCCUCGGUGCAACCUGGGCCCUCAACGAACACAGCGAGCACCAAGUCCACCUCUAUGAAGCAGACGCACGACCAGGAGGCCAUGCAAACACUAGCGUCCCCGUGGACACUGGUUUCAUUGUCCUCAAUCCACGCACUUAUCCAAACUUUCUCCGCUUCCUCCACCAUGCCGACAUCCCCAUCGUCAAGAGCUCGAUGACCUUUGCCCUCACCCGUGACAACGGCGCCUUCGAAUGGGCAGGCGACACUAUUUUUACCCUAUUUUGUCAACCCCGGAAUCUCUUGAGCGCCAGAAUGUGGAGGAUGAUUUGGGACAUCCUCCGCUUCAACGCCUCUGCCAGGAAGUUGAUCGUCGAGCAGGAACGCCAGAUGGAGGGAGAAUCCGUAGAGGCAAACGAAAUCACGAUUGGAGAGUAUCUCGACAAAAAUGGAUACUCUGAUGGCUUUCGAGAUGACUACCUCAUCCCAAUGUGUGCAGCCAUAUGGAGCACGCCACCCAGCACAUGCGCACAAACGUUUACCGCCCGUUCUCUCCUUCGCUUUUUCCACAACCAUCAUCUCCUCCAGAUCAUCGGCAAGCCAGAUUGGUUGACCAUCAAAGGUGGCAGCAUUGAAUACGUCAAACGCAUCACCAACGCACUCCCACCAGGCGCACUCCGCUUAUCGGAACCCGUCGUCUCCAUCAGCACUGGUUGCACGACAUCCCCGGCUACGAGCUCUGAAGACCUAGGGUCGAGCGAUGAAGCUGCGAGUAGCGGGAGUAGCAAUGGAGAUGCCGACGAACGUCCGCUCAUCUCAGAUCUCGACCAAUCGUCAAACCCCAGUCUUGCACCCACUUCAUCCAAAAUUCGAUUGUGUACCGCGACUGGUAGAAUUGAAGAAUACGACCACGUUGUGUUGGCAUGCCAUUCGUCGACCGCACUCGAGAUGCUCCGCAACGGUGGAUUCAUCACUCCAGAAGAACGGUCGGCUCUAGAAGGCGUCGGUUGGACAAAGAAUGAAAUUGUUUUGCAUAGUGAUGUUUCGGCUCUCCCUCAUAAUCAGAACGCUUGGUCUGCAUGGAACUUUGUUUCAACAUCUAUCAAAGACGAAAAGGGCACUACUACAAAGGCUAAUAAUUUGAUGAAUACCCUUCAGCCACUACCCCUUUCGCAAUACGGGCCCAUCAUCUGCACGCUCAACCCGACCUUCCCCAUUGCACCCGACACAAUCCAAGCACGGUUCGAGUACGCACAUCCGACAUUCAACAACCGUGCAGAGCAAGCGCAAAGAGCGAUGAAACGCAUUCAAGGCAAGAGAGGCAUUUGGUACGCAGGGGCGUGGAUGGGAUAUGGAUUCCAUGAAGAUGGGUUUACCCAUGGGCUAAAAGCUGCGAUACAACUUGCGACGACCUCGACGGACACUGCUGCCUCGACGGAUGGCCAAGGGAAGAAGAGCGUCCGCUUUGCCGAAUCGAGGAAGAGUACAUUUGCCGUUUGA